AUGAUGGAACACGCUGGACUGGGAAAGAGCUACUGGGGUGAAGCAGUGAUGACGGCGAUGUUUCUUCGAAACCGCUGUCCAACACGUGCCAUUCACCAAGACAAGUCUCCAUAUCAAGUGUGGACGAUGAAGAAACCGAUUCUGGCCAACCUUAAAGUGUUUGGAUGCCACGCGUAUGUUCAAGUGCCUCAAGACAAACGCGCGAAGUUCGACUCCAAGUCAUCACUCUGUCGUUUCCUGGGAUACGUCGAACACCAGAAGUCAUAUCGAUUUGAGGAAGUGUCAACAGGAGCGAUCAAGAUCAGUCGCGAUGCCACAUUCAUGGAAGACAAGUUUGAUGAAGGUCCGCGCAACUACAACGAUGAGUCAAGUGUCGUUGAGUUUGAUGAUCAUGAUGAGGACGAAGAAAAAGAAGAAGGUAAAACUGACGACGACAUGGACUCGAGCGACGAUGACAACGAAGACACCAGGUCUUCGAAGAGCAACAUCAAGAGACACACGCGCACUCAAUCACUUGAGAAAGCUACCGUCAUUCCAAGUCCCAAGCGAAGAACAUACAGAGGUCCGUCGCUUGAGCAUGUUGGGGAAACGCCGACUACAUUCAAGUCGGCGAUGGAAUCAAGCGACUCCGGCAAGUGGAAAGAAGCGUGUGACUCGGAGUUCGAUUCGCUUCAGAGAAACGACACGUGGGAAAUCGUGCCUCUUCCGAAAGGUCGCAAGGCCAUCGGGUGCCGAUGGGUUUUUCGUGUAAAGGAGAAUCAAGAUGGCGAAGUUGAACGUUUCAAGGCAAGACUUGUGGCCAAAGGAUUCUCACAGAAAUUCGGAGUUGACUAUGAAGAAACUUUCGCACCGGUGGCCAAGUUCACAUCGAUUCGUGUGGUGCUCAGUAUGGCGGCUAAGUACGGCCUAAUGCUACAUCAGAUGGACGUCAAGACAGCGUUUCUUAACGGCUCCCUCAACGAAGACAUCUACAUGGACCAGCCGGACGGAUACCUGGAUGCAACACAGCCGGACUAUGUGUGCAAGCUAAAGAGAUCACUCUACGGCUUGAAGCAAUCGCCUCGCAUGUGGAACCAAACAAUCGAUGGGUUCAUGAUCAAGAUGGGAUUCAAGAAGUGCGAAUCGGACCACUGCAUCUACAUCAAGCGAGACGACCAAGACAUGAUUCUCGUGGUGCUCUACGUCGAUGAUCUCAUCCUGGCCAGCAGCAACAACGAACUCCUCAAGUCAACCAAGAUGGCGCUGAGCAAACGCUUCGAAAUGACGGAUCUCGGUGAGCUCGAUUACUUUCUCGGCAUGGAGAUCAAGAACGACCGUAAGACGGGAAUGGUGACCGUACAACAAACCAAGUUUCUCAAGUCCGUGUUAACCAAGUUCGGAAUGGAUAACAGCAAGCCAGUGAAGACGCCUCAAGAUCCCGGCCUGAAGCUAACCAAGAACAUGUGUGAACAAGAAUGCAAGCACGAAGACACCAUGUGCAACGUGCCAUAUCGAAGUGCUGUCGGAGGCAUCAUGUAUCUCAUGGUCGCCACACGUCCGGAUCUAGCUGCUGCAGUGGGAUCAUUAUCCCAGUUCUCGUCCGACCCAUGCCCGACUCACUGGCAAGCUUUGAAGCGUGUGCUGAGAUACCUGCAAGCAACGCCCAAUCAUGGUCUUGAGUUUACACGUGAAGAAGGAAGCCGUAUCUGCGGGUACACCGACGCAGACUGGGCCGGCGACAUUGAGUCAAGACGAAGUACAAGCGGCUAUGUGUUCAUGAUGAGCGGAGGAUGCAUCAGCUGGAAAAGACAGAAACAACGGACGGUCGCGCUAUCUUCAACAAAAGCAGAAUACAUGGCGCUUUCCGAAGCAACCAAAGAAGCAGUAUGGCUCAAAGUGCUUUUGGGGGAACUUGGUGAGAUGACAAGCGACGAAGCGAUCAAGAUGUAUGAAGACAACCAAGGAUCAAUCGCUCUCGCCAAGAACCCGGAGUUCCAUAAGAGAACAAAACACAUCGACAUACGCUACCAUUUUGUGCGUGAGAAGGUGGAAUCAGGUGAAGUCGUUUUGGAGUAUUGCCCGACUCAAGAUAUGCUGGCAGACAUGAUGACCAAGCCGAUCGCCGCUGUACAAUUUGAAAACAUUCGCGAUCGACUUGGGAUCCAAGGUGCCGCAGCUAACGAGUCGAGAGGGAGUGUUGAAAAGACAGCGGCUGUGAAGAAGACACCUCGUCAAGCUGCGUCAAGUGUUGAAGCAAGUGGAAGACCAAGCUUCGCUAUACCGGUGGGUACCGGUAUGUACCAGUAA